AUGGUCAUGGCAAUAAAUGACUUAGACUUCACUCGAAGUGAAGAAGACCUAAAAUUCUGGCGUAAUGAAAUCUCGCAUCCUCUCCUGUCUCUGAUGCAGAGUGCUGGUUACUCUGUCGAUGAUCAGAAGCACUAUGCCGAUUUCGUAAACCAAUUCGUCGUCCCGUCACUUGGUCCUCGUCCAAACACAACCAAGGCGGGCACAAGACUGCCUCAUUUCGAUAGUUUCUGUUCCGAUGACUUCUCGCCCGCCGAGCUCAGCUGGAAUGUUGGGCUCAAGAAAUCCAAGAUUCGAGUCGGAUCCGAACCUAUCGGUCGCUUUGCUGGAACAGCAAAAGAUCCAUUUAACCAAGACGAACCUGAGGUGGUCAUGUCACGGUUGAUUCGCCAUGGCGGUGGCCAAAUCGACGGUCAGCUAUGGGAGUUCUUCAAGAAACACCUUCAUGUCGAGGCCAAAUAUGCCCACGACAUUGUGUCAAAAAUGGCACCCAAUGAGCACAUGACGACCAACACUAUCUCAUUCGACUUGGAGGGCGAGUAUCCCGUGCCGAAAGUGUACUUCUACCCCAUUCCCAUCUCGCUUCUGCUGGAAAACCAUGCCGGCGAGAUCAUCACCGACGUUAUCGGGCAGCUGCCUCUCAACCUUGGGCCCUCCUUCAAUUAUAUACGCAAAUUCGUCUAUAAAUACAAGAAGCAGCGCGACAAUGAGAGCAUUCUGAGGCUAGAGUUGAUCGCCUUCGACGCCGUCCAGCCAACUGAUGCGCGCUUCAAACUGUACCUGCGGACCAAAGAAACCUGUCUGGCACGGGUAGAGGAGAUUUACACACUCGGAGGAUCUCUCGCGGGUCCCAAUAUCGAGGCUGGCCUGGACCUGAUUCGGUUGUUCUACCUACAUGUCUUGGGGUUGACUGCUCCUGAGGAAAGUUUACCUCAGAGCUGGCACCGAACAUCGGGCAUCAUAUUCAACAUGGAAAUGGUGCACAACCGCACCGAGCCAGUUCCGAAGGUGUAUAUUCCGGUGCGCCAUUACGGUGGAACAGACCUCCGAAUUGCCCAUUCCCUCGGCAGCUUUUUCCGUGCUUGUGGGCUUCAUCAUAUUGCCGACAGAUACGUCGACGCAGUGCAGAAAGCUUUCCCGACCCAGGACUUCUCUAACACGAUUGGGAGACAUUCAUAUGUCGGCCUGUCAUACAACAAGGAUGGGCCAUAUGUAACUUUGUACUAUAAUACUAUGACCUUCUCCGCGGGAAACGAGCGGGAUGGGAGCGGCAAGCUGGUCGGGCCGGCUGCGAUGAGGCAGCGUCAUUUGCUAGAUUGA